UGGAAAAUUGAGAGGGAGUGUGGGGUUUUGUGUGCGCUGUUGUGCAGGGAAUACCAUCAUCUCGGUAGAAGAACGUGCACAUCUUUGGUUAAAGAAAACCUUUGAAAUUUUUGUUACGCAAAGGUGAAGACUGAUUUUUGGUGAGCCACGAAGAGCUGAUUUAGCGGUUAAAUCAGAUUUUGUUUCUUCAUGCUGCAAAUAAGAGGACAAAAUGUUCGUCGUCUAGUUUCAAGCUUAACGGAUGUGAAGAGACAGAGGAUGUCAGAGAAGUCCAAAUAGAUGUCUAGUUUGAUUUUUAUAUCACUUUUGCGACUGUUACUUCAUUAUGACUUUGAAUAGAUAGCUUUUUUAAACUUUCCGUCUUAAAGGAGAAGCUGCGUCACGCUAAUCACUCACUUUCUAUUUUUUGAAAUAUUGAAGUAAUUAACUGGUGACACGCUUUCCUUAUUUAUUGGAUCGUGCAUUGCUAUUUGCAUUGUUUUACGGUGUGUAUUUAGGAAUGGCAGGAUCUGUUCCUUGUCUAUUACUGUCGUUUUUUACCCUUUUUGGAGGGGCUUGGAGUGUAUCUUACCCUCAGCGAUACAAUCUCUACACUGGGCAGAAUCAAUUUCAGUCUACCCAGUCACAGUCACAGAAUGGGCCAAGAGCAGCUAGCAGACACAGAAACUGGUGUGCGUAUGUGGCUACGCGGACAGUGAGCUGUGUUGUUGAGGAUGGUGUGGAGACCUAUGUGAAGCCAGACUACCAGCCCUGCUCCUGGGGACAAAUUCAGUGUUCCCGUGUGGUGACGUAUCGGACAUAUAUGAGGCCCAGGUAUAAAGUGGCCUAUAAGAUGGUCACAGAGAUGGAAUGGAAAUGUUGUCAUGGUUUCUCUGGAGAUGACUGCAGUGAGGGUCCUAGUGGAGGACAGUCACAUGUGACCCAAAUCUCUACUGCCAGGCCUCGUCCUAAACGUCCAGGGCAGACCGGUUCAAACUCAGGGACAGUGCAAAUUGGAGGAGAAGGUAGGGGUGACACUGACAAGGUGAAACAGCUAGAAGACAAAAUCCAGAGCCUAACCAAAGACCUCCAUGAUUUGCAGUCCACUUUGCGUGGACUAAAUGAAAAAUUCCAGGAGGAAAUACGCAAGCCAGGAUUAAAUGGCAACACACAUUUUGACGCUGCAGACUCAGAGAUGAAGGACACUAUUGAUGUUAUUCAGACGAAGCUUGAUCAACUGGACAACCGCACACAGGCACAUGAUGAAAAACUGGUAAUUAUUAACAAUCACUUAGCAAAUGGAAAGGGGACUGGCAAUGAGUUGGACACUACUGACAUAAGGGUGCAAAAGAAAUUUACAGAGUUGAAAUCAGAGAUUCUCAAGGAUUUGGAGCAGAGAAUAAAACUUUGUUCAACCUGUCAGUCUGGAAUAGAGGACCUUAGGAGGAAGCAGCAGGAAGACCAUGAAAGGAUCCAAAGGCUAGAGAAGCAAAUCAGUUCCAUGGAUCAACGUAACAGGCAGACAUUUGAGAGUGUUCAGGAGAAUCUGUCCAGGUCCCAGAGCUGUUGCAGUCAAGUUACUGAUCUUAGGACCAAAGUCAGUGACAUUGAGACAAAGAUGGAUUCAAUAUCAGAGACCUACAUUGUGAAUGGUCAUCUGGACAAUAAAAAUGAUAUCAGAAGCUAUGUGGAAGAUCUAGAAGAACGGCUGAACAACACAGAAAAAAGAGCUGAAGAACAGUGUGCCUCUGUUGAAAACGAUCUGAAAGACUAUUUCCAUAGGGAGCUAAGUGACAUAAGGCAUGAGUUCAUUACUCAUUUUGAUGAUGACCGAAAAAAGAUUUCUGACUUAGAGAUUGAUGUCAGUGGUUUAAAGGACUCCGUUUAUGCUAAUGAAGAGCACCUUGAGGAACUUGAAAACCUGAUUUCUAACCUGAAUGAUUCACUGGCUUCUGCGGUAAAUAGUUGUGACAAAACCUGUACCAGCAGCAGUGGGUCAGGGACAGGAGAUGAAGUUGUUGACACAGUGAAGACUUUAGAAUGGAAGGUCAUUGAGAAUACAGGAGAGAUACGCAAAUUUAAUGAUAGGAUAAAGGACCUUUCAGUGUCAGGAGAUUCUUUAUUUGACAAAGUUGUGGGUAUCAGCCAUGAAAUCCGCAAAAUAAAGGCUUUAACAGGGGAGAAUGGUGAGCAUUUCAACAGGAUAGUUAAUGAUAUUGAAGACUUGGAAAAUACGCUGGAGGUCACAUCUAAGAACUGUGAUGUCUGCAAUUCCCUGGAAGGGGACUUGAUGUCACUGAGGAACCAAACCAAUGACAAUUUUAAUAUGUGGAACAGAGAUCUCAAUAACCUACGAAAUCAAAUUGAUUCUGAUGAAACAACCUGUUCUCAAGUGUGCUCAACCUUACAGGAGGAGGUUGGAAAAUUAAAGGAAGAGGUACAGAAAUGCAGUGGACAGUGUAAGAUCAUUUUAAAUAAGCCCACUGGUGAUGAGCAGAAACCAUUGGAUGGCUACAGUGUCAGUGGGCCAUCCAAUGCCAACUUCAAUUCUAUUCAAGGAGAGCUUUCUGGGGUUAUUCUGACAUUCAGUUCAAUUAAUGAUACUCUCAAAGGCCUGGAACACACAAUACAAACACACAGUAGUGUCAUUUAUGACCUGAGCAACACUAAAGAUAAAAUCAUCUCUGAGAUUGAUAAAAUUCAGCAGGAGGUCAGCGAGCAUAUUGAAGACAGCAAAGGGAGGUUCGACCAUGUCAGUAAAGAGAUUCAUCGGUUUGGCAACAAUUUCAUGGUAGAAAUGGGUGACUGCAAGCAGUCAUCAAAUGCACUGGAAAAAAGGAUCACAAAAAUGGAGAACCUGUGCGGAAAACUGGACUCUGUCUCAGAUAGCCUUCAGAAAAUCAAGGAUGGUCUAAAUAAGCAUGUAUCCAGUCUCUGGAACUGUGUCAAUAAGCUUAACACCACUGUGACUAGUCACAGUGCCCAAUUUGACAUCAUUCAGAGCACAGAGUUGGAUGGGAUUAAUCGGAAACUGAAAAUCCUGAACUCUUCUAUGCUCUACAUAUUCAAUGAGUUCAAUAACUUCACAAGUCAGGACUUCAUUGGUCUCCCAGGGCCACCUGGUCCCAAGGGAGAGAGGGGUCUUCAGGGGGUACAGGGGCCUCCAGGCAGAGAAGGGCCAGUGGGCAGAACAGGCCCAGAAGGACAAAGAGGUCCCCCAGGCCUCAGAGGUGAACAAGGUCUUCCUGGUGUAGAUGCACGGCCUCCAAGGGUGUCCUUUUCAGCUGGCCUGACACAUAACCUGGUUAAUUCUGGAACUAUUGUCUUUGAUAAGAUACUAGUGAACGACGGAGGUUUUUACGACCCUACAACAGGAAUCUUUACUGCACCAUACGAUGGACGGUACUACUUCAGUGCCAUCUUGACAGGCCACAAGAAUGAGAAGAUUGAAGCUGUCCUCUCCAAAUCAAACUAUGGGAUUUUAAGAGUGGAUUCUGCAGGCUACCAGCCAGAGGGCCUGGAGAACAAACCUGUGGCAGAAAAUAAACCCACCCCAGGUUCUCUAGCAGUCUUCAACAUUAUCCUGCCCUUGAACAUUGGAGACACUGUCUGUAUUGACUUGGUUAUGGGCAAGUUGGCUGACUCAGUGGAGCCCCUCACAAUUUUCAGUGGAAUGCUUUUGUAUGAAGAUCUCAUUUAACCCCUUGUUUUGGGAGAAAAACCUGAAUAAAUAAGACAUAAGGGUAGCAAAAAGGCUACCAAUUAACCAUGUUUAUCCUCAAUGAAAGAAGGCACUGAAUGGCUGUCAUUUUUUUCUUGUUAACCCACUGACGCUAAAAGACCUACAGUAUUAACUGCUCCUGGAAGACAGGAAAAACAAUAUGCAAUUGUUUAUGACCAAAAUCAUAUCUGGAUGUGUGAGGAACUUUUUCUAAGAUUUCCAGCCCACUUCCGCUAAUGCAACUACAACAGUCUUGAUUUGUAGCAUACACUAUAGACACUGAAUUCUUAAUGAAUUUUUAAUUUGCCAAAGCUUAUUUUGUGACCUGCCUUACUUGCUAUCUGGGUGGGAAUGAAGUAGUGUUUCUACCUUUCAUGUUGGUGUUAAGAUGGUUAAUGUUUUAAAGAAUGUUAUUUUAUGCCUCUUUGUGUGCCAUGACUUUUACUUCAUUUAACCUCACAAGAAUACAGACUGCACAGGCAAAUUGUAAAGCUAUAUAAUCUAACAACAGAAGUGCCUUGAUCUAACUAAAACUAGAAAGAUGUUACUUACAUAAUUGAAGAAAUAAAUCAUACACAAUCUUUUUCAUACUUUUUUGGGGCCUUUCAUGUGGUGAGUUGUUAUCCUGUGAUUCCUUUCCUUAAAUUUUAAAAGUGAUGAAUUGCCUUUUUCCUUCUCAUUUAAACCAGAAUUAUAAUUAUUGUUCUUAAGUGACUUCCAUUGAAUGUUUAAUACAAAGGGCUUCCUUUUAUGUCACACCACCCAUACAUUUCUGUUUUCUGUCUUUAAGGCUAAGUUGGAAGUUUGAUUAAAUCUUAGAUGUUGCUCACACUCGCACUACUGUUUAUUUCUUGCCAUUAAGUCGAUAAACUGAAAGCUUUCACAAACCUCAAAGGAUACAUAUUUUUGACUUUUGUAAGUAUACUUUGGUGGUUUUAACAGUGAUUAUUAUAUUAAAUGUAUGUUUGAGACACAUUUUUUAUAAUCCUAACAUUAAUUUAUGUAGUGGUAUAAGGAAUCCUUGUUUUUCUUUUACUUUAAUCAAAUGCACCAGAAUUUCAUCGCUGCAGUAAUUGUAAUCACACUCCAAAACAUUUUCACAUUUUACAUGUUCAUGUUUCUCUGGGAGUAAUGGCUGUGAUGGUUCAUAGCUUUUUAAAGCAAUUUUUUGAAGUAUUAAACCUCAUUCCCAGCAAUUUGUUUUAGACUCCUUCAGAUUUUUUGUAAAGAUGUGCCUCCUAUUUUCACUGCCUAUUACACCUGCAAAUUCUGUGCACGUUUGUGCCUUAUUGAUUUUGAAGUAUUCCUGUGGUUUGGUUUAAUCGAUAACUUCAGAAUUGUGAAUCCUUGAAUAAAGACCUUUCUUAACCUGCCUUGUUCAACACUAAAGGUAUUCAGUACUUUUUUUUUUUAAAAAGUACUACAUUAGUUUCAGAAUACAGCACUAACCUGAGCUUUCCUGAUUCAUUCCUGAAAAAUGCUUUAGUUUGGUUGUUCUUUGCAGCAUAAUUGCUUGAGCUUCCAUUUAGAGUUUAAUACUUGGGAUGUAAGAUGCUGAGCAUAGUAUUUCCAUAUACAAUAUGUGUAAUAGUGUAAUUCAAUAUAAAUCUUAAGGGAAAAUAGUACUAGCUUGUCUGAGCUUUUUAGAAAUGUUAAUUGCUUUAUUGCAAAUGACAAGGCAGUAGCUUCAGCACACACACAUUUUUUUAAAAAUAUAUAUUUCAAAGAAUCAUGCAUUAAUGUUCUGCUAUUGCUUAAUUGCUUAAUAAUGUGUUGGCAAAAUAACAGAUUAAUCCUUUAUCUGGAUGUUUAAUAAUGUACAGUCUUAGAUCAUAUUUUUUGAUACCAUGGUCUCCACUGGUGGAUGUUCACACCCUGUCACAAUAUCAAUAUCUCUAAAAUCUGUUGUGUCAGACAAGUCAUUUUUACAGCUCGGUUAACAUUUAAUCAGUAUUAAACAGAACAAGUACUGUGACUCAAAACCAAUGAACAAAACUGCUGACAUUUUGCAAAAUGUCACACAAAUACAGUAUUUGUACAAAAGAAAAUGCUGCUUUUUUAUUAAUUUCAAACAAUAACUUUCUAUCUACUGUAUGUAACACUCAAAGCUGUUUUUCAUGGAAACAAUAGCAAUGCUUUGCAAUAGUAAAGCAUUGCCCUUGUUUUGGAUCCAGACUAAAAAACUGAAUUGGAUUUACCUCAGACACUGACAGGGAUGUGGAAUCCCCUUUGGUAAUAUGGCAUCUUAAAGUCACUCGUAAAACUAAGCUCUCUAACUAAGGUGCAGUCCCAGAAUGCUCUCAGUAAGUUCUGGUUAUUGUUACCUAUUCAUUCUUUUAGAUCAUUGGACCAACUGGGGUUCAAUUAGAGUGGGGGGUAAUAUAUUAAACUGGAAGCCAAGAACUAUUUUUAUAUCACACACCAUAAAAAAGGGUUUAAUGAUAGAGGUAUUUAAAUCUUUUUUUUGUGCUACAACUUUCCUAUCACUAUUUUCUCCUUUUUUGUAGGUUAUUUUUAAUCUCAGCGUCCCGUUACUUUUACUGGCGCAUCUUCUUCUGAUGAUAUGAAAUGUGUCCAUAAAUUUGUGUACCUUCAAUCUGCAAUUCCUCACGGUAUUUUCCUUUUCCGUUGUUUAUCUGCACGUGUGGGUCAAAUAAAGGUAUUUAAUUUCA